UGUGUGUGUGUGUGUGAGUUGUAAUAUGCAAUCUGCGAGGAUGGCGACAACUUCGGCACACGUUCGGCGUACGCGAAUGCAGCGCGAUAAUCGCGCCAUCUGCAUUCUGCGGCAGGCGUCUCCGCGGCCAUGGUAACACUCCACCGCGGAGCAAACAUUUGCUCUUCACGCGCGUAUGACGAUUGUUUUCUUGUCGCCUAUCCAAAUAUUGUCGCCAUUGUUGCCGUUGUUGGGGUUUACAAAGGGCGAGGUGGCGGCUUUCGUGAUUAUUUAUCACCACCCGGUUUGUUGUUGCGUUCCUGGCCUGGCCCGCCCGGACUGGACCGGAGGCGACGCUGUUAGCAACAGCUAGCCAGAUGAUCAAGUGGGAAUAAGCUGUCAUGCACCAUGAAUUUGUGCGAGAUCUACGACAAUGCCAAAAAGGGUCGCGAGUACGCUUUGCUGGGCAACUACGACUCGUCCGGCGUGUACUACCAGGGCGUCCUGCAGCAGAUCAACAAGCACUGCCAGACCCUCAAGGACCCGGCGCUUAAAGUCCGAUGGCAGCAGGUGAGAGAGGAGCUGACCGAGGAGUGGGAGCAGAUUAAGAGUAUCGUGGCUGUGCUCGAAGCCUUCAAGACCGAGAGGCCGGUGACCGUACCCGUUCCUCAGUCGGGGGGGAGCGCCGAGGACCCGGCCGCGUGGCCGCCUCCCAUGCCUGCGGAGCACAGGAAUCCUGUCGCUGCAAAGCGUCCCAACAGCGGAGUGAAGCAGCAGAAGAAAGAUUCUCCUGGUCUGCAGCAUCGGGGCGAAGGACAAGAAGGCCGCGGGCAGGCCAAAACUAAGGCCGAGCGUGGCCGCAAUGCGAAAUCCAACGAGGAGGGAAAGAGAGGUGAAAAAGAGCAUAAAAGGUUUGAUGGUGUGGGACAUGACGGCGACCUGGUGGAGUCGCUUGAGCGAGACAUCGUGUCCCGCAACCUGAAUGUACACUGGAACGACAUAGCGGAUCUGGAGGACGCUAAGAAGUUGCUAAGAGAAGCUGUGGUGCUGCCCAUGUGGAUGCCCGACUUCUUCAAGGGCAUUCGACGGCCCUGGAAGGGUGUGCUCAUGGUGGGCCCCCCGGGUACGGGCAAGACCAUGUUGGCCAAAGCCGUGGCGACAGAAUGCGGGACGACGUUCUUCAACAUGUCCUCGUCCACCCUGACCUCCAAAUACAGAGGCGAGUCAGAGAAACUCGUCCGCCUGCUCUUCGAAAUGGCCCGCUUUUACGCGCCGACGACCAUCUUCAUAGAUGAAAUCGACUCCAUCUGUAGCAGAAGAGGAACGUCCAAUGAACAUGAAGCCAGUCGCAGGGUCAAAUCCGAGCUUCUGAUUCAAAUGGAUGGUGUGGGUGGCGCCCGGGACAACGACGACCCUUCCAAGAUGGUCAUGGUCCUCGCCGCCACCAACUUCCCGUGGGACAUUGACGAGGCGUUGCGCCGACGCCUGGAGAAGCGGAUCUACAUCCCUCUGCCGACAGCUGCGGGUCGCGUGGAGCUUCUAAAGAUCAACUUGCGGGAGGUGGAGUUGGCCGCCGACGUGGACCUGGACGUCAUCGCCGAGAAGACGGAGGGCUACUCCGGAGCCGACGUCACCAACGUCUGCAGGGAUGCGUCAAUGAUGGCCAUGCGGCGGCGAAUCCAGGGCCUGAGCCCGGAGGAGAUCCGAGCCCUGUCCAAAGAAGAGCUGCAGAUGCCCGUGAUGAUGGAGGACUUCACGCUGACGCUCAGGAAGAUCUCCAAGUCAGUCUCCGCUGCGGACCUGGAAAGAUACGAAGCCUGGAUGUCCGAGUUCGGUUCGGGGUGAAGGACUUCUCGGACAGUGGCUGACGAACCUCUAAUCCCGAUGUCUAGUAUGCCAGAUGAAUACGUGGGAGUGUUUCAAACCUCUUUUGAGUUAGGCACAAUUCAUUCAUGCGUUGAGAAUACACGUUUUUAAACGAGGAUUGAAGCAGACGCAACUGCCGAUGUCAUCGACGAGGGAUGGGCUUUCGACCACGUGGACAAUGAACAAUAACAAUCCGCUCAGGACUUUUCAAAACUACCAAUCGCAGCGUGGCGACCGCUCGUUGGGUUUGCUGCGUGUGAACCUCACCGCCGCCGGAUGGGGGCGCGAGGUCGAGCCGGCAACGUUGCGUCCGACCUUCGGAGUUUGUAGCGGAGUUGGAACAAAUGCGGGACGCCGCCCGCGUGUCAGGGAAUCCCACAAGCGGGCUGGGAAAUGUCAUCGUUUCAGGCGUCGGGCCGCCGUCUCCCGUGUGGAUGUUUUUGACGUGUCCUCAAAACCAAUAAAUCAAUUAGACGCCCUUCGUGACGUGUGGCGGACGUUUUCAUGCGACAUCUUAACUGUUGUCUUCGCACGUCAAGGAAAAUGACUUCGUUCAUUCGCUGCAACAUUCCGGCCUUUGAGUUCGAUGCGGUGACUUUCGAAGUGUGCUGCAAGUACCACGGGUUGUACGCAAAGGAAUCACCGAAUCCGAUACAAAUAACGUUUACGUGUAAAACGUGAUAUACAAUCAAACGUUUUAGAAUGAAGCGGCAUGCUAUGCCACACGACCCGUUUUUGUUUUGUUUUGAAAACAGUACAGUGCGUACUUUUCGAGGACGGUACAUUAUUAAGUACACGUUAGCAGUAUUCAACGUUCAAGAACAAUACAUUCGCAUUUAUUGAACUGUUUUCUUUGAAUGGAUACUUUUAUAUGCAAUAUGUUUUGAAUUGAAAACCAAAUCGUUCAAGUGGCUUGCAACGAUAUGCUUUUUUCGGAAUAAAACCUCGUUUUUGAAUGGUGAUGUUUGGAGAGCAAAGUCUUUUUGGAGGCGGUAAAAAGUUUGGUCUCAACUCGCAAGCAACGACCCGCUGUUUUCCGUCACCGUGGCGACCAUGUUGCUCAAAACGUGUACAUUAGCUGCAACGCGAUUUAGUGGCGAAAUAAUAUUUGUACACAACUCCGGUCGAUCGCUUAACUUUGCUCGUGAGACAAAACGUCAUUUGUAGCAGCGUCGCCACAUUCAAUGAGAUUACGUCGUCGGAUUUUUCCAAAACAAAAACAAACGUACGAUGCGUUUAUUUUGCCGUUCAUUGGGUUUUUCCACAAAUAUCGACGACGGGAUGCGCUUUUAUCGUGUUCAGCGGAGGUUAUCCCGGUCGAUCGAGUUGGUAUCACCUCAUGAACUUGCCGCUUGUCGACGAGCCACCGCAAGAGCACCCCAAAUUCUAUUCAUGUUACAUGACAUUCAGUGGUGGGAAUAAACCAACUACAAUACUUUUUUGCUGGAGCGAA